GGUCACUUCGGUGAAUGGGGCAGAGCGCGCGCACGCAGAGAUCAGCCGCCCGUGUUAUUAACGUUAAUAACGUUAUCUCUCGCGUCACUCAUGUCCCCAACAACCACUGCUGCUGCUGCGGAGGGGGAGGACGGGACUGCGGUUCAGGUGCACCGCUGUGAUUGAGAGACACAACAGUGAAGUUUGAAGGCUGCGGAGGAGCAGGAGGUGAACCCCGCCAACAGCGUCCCGAUUUAAUCUGUCAGUUCGCCAUCGCUUCUUUUUUUGUGGCUGUUGUUUGGUGAUGAGAUUCCUUCAGGAGGAGCGACCUGCCGCCUAACAACCUCUCUCUUUCAAGGUGUACUCGCCCAAGAGAUAUGCAACCUGAUCAAGAACAUCUCUUCAAAAAUCCAGGAUGGACACUAAAUCUUUGUUUUGCAAGUUUUUGAUGAACAUUCUGAGAACUUACUAACUGCUGGAAGAUAAUCUUUGCACAGUAAGAGGAUCGAUUAACACAGCUGCGGUUUUUGAAAUACUGGUGCUCCAGGAAAAGUAAUGGAGACAGAAGAGAGGGAGGAUGCCUCACAAAAACCCGAAGCUAAUAUAAAGGCAGAGACAGAGGAAGAUGUGACCUCUGGCCACACCUGUGGAGUGUGUGGCCGAAGCUUUCCCCUUCUCAGCUCUCUGUCCCAACACAUGAGGAGACACACAAGGGAGAAGCCGUACAAAUGUCCGUACUGUGAGCACAGGACGGCUCAGAAGGGCAGUCUGAAGGCCCACAUUCGAAGCCAUAAACUGGGUCUCCUCAGCCAUAACCUCAGUGACAAGAACGUGGAUGGAGAUCAAGAGCAGAAGGAUAACAUUGAGAUUCCUGACCCCACGGAAAUUGUCACCCACUCCGACAAAGCUCAUACGGUUAACGGAAAGGUGAAGAAGAAAGGAACCAAGAAAAAAGUGAAGGGUAAAAAUGUGGUUGAGCCGGAUGAUGAGGCUGAUAGUGUGUCCUGUACCUGCACCAUCUGUGGCCAGGUUUUCCCUCAGGUAGCACUCCUUAAAAAUCACAUGAAAAGGCACCGCAGCUCCCAGGAUCAUGGUUGCCGGAUUUGUGGACGCCGUUUCCGCCAGGCAUGGUUCCUCCAAAGUCACAUGCGCAUUCAUAGGGUCAAAGCUCAGCUAAGAGGUGGCAAAGGCAAUGAGCUGCCUGCCACCAUAAAUGGAGUUCCUCAGGACCCAGCAUCGCUAAUAAAUGAAGAGUGCCUCUAUGAGCUCUGUGCUGGCUGUGGUAACUUCUUCUUGGACCGCAAGACACUGCGAUUACAUGAGAAGCUACAUAAACUCAAUCACAGCCGAACUCAGACACAGAAUGCAACAGAGAAAGACGUUGAAGCCCCUGAGCCGGACAUUGCAAAGAGGAACUUUUUGGAAGCCUUGAACCUCACACGUGUUGGGCCUAGGGAAACCUCUGAGGAAAAGAGCCUUGGCAAGCGAAUCCCAGAACUGGAUCCCAUUUGUAGUUACCAAGCGUGGCAGUUGGUCACAAAGGGACGAUUGGUGGAGGUCACAGAGAAGUGUCUGGGAUGGGAGGAGAGGCUAGCAGAUGCUGAGGUGGCAUACGACACAGAAAAGGGCGAGUACAUACCCCUAAAGCAGGAGAAGAAGAGGAAGCAAAUCGACACCUCCGGCAACAACAAUAAGAAGAUGAAGGGUGACACGGGACUUGAUCGGACAUCAAAUAGCUUGGCUCAGGCUAAAGGUGGUGACAAGAGGAUUUGCCAGAAGGAUCGUGUCUUGUUGAACGGGCUUGGUCAUGCGUUUUAUGAGGCACUGCAGACUAAGAAAGUCAAAGAUGUUCACGCCACACCUAAACAGACCAACAGCUCCAGGAGCCAAGGCCAGGAGGAUAAGAAAUCAUUCUUCUGCGAGCACUGUGAUUUCCAAAGUGUCGACGCCUCACUACUCAGGUCUCACCUGCACCGGCAGCACCGGGGCCUCCUGGGUCCCUAUAGCAAACACAGCACCAUUUUGGACAAUGUUAGCCAAAGUGGUUCGAAAGCCUCAAGAUACAUGGACUACCUCAGAAACAGGAGUAUGUUGCUCAGUCAGCCAUUCUGGAAUCCUUACACAUGCACUCCUGGCCAUGGCUCGGCACAGUCAAAUAUUAAAACUGAAAAGUCAAAUGAGGUUAAAGGGCAGGGACAUGCUACUAAUGAUGCGGGAAGUCUCCUGAAUCUGUCCUCAUUGCCCCUUAGUGAAGGAGAAAGCAUUGUGGAUGAUCCAGUAAAAACAGAGGGCCAAGUGAGACAUCAGUGCCCGUACUGCACCCACACUACCACCUACCCUGAAGUGCUGUGGAUUCAUCAGCGGGUUGCACACAGGGUGGAUGGCAGCAGCUCCAUGGCACCCAAGUGGGCACCCUGCUCUAAUAGCCCCAAGAGUUUAAAGGCAGGUGGCACCCAGUGGAGACGCACAGGGCCUCCUCCAUUCCUCGAAGGCAAGGACUGCCCUGCUUUGCCUGCACCAAGAACUCAGCGCACACAGGCUCCAGGUUCCACUUCGCAAAGCAGCAGCAAACACUCAGCUCCCAAGACCCAAUCAGGUGCUCCGAAGUCCAAGCAUCAGUCACGCUCUUCAGAUGGUACACAGUCUAGUGGGAGGAUGGGACUACCUCAAAAGAAGUCUAGUGGACAUAAGCAGGCAGAUGAGGGUGGAAAUAAAAGCUCCAGUACCCCUCAAGCUACUUCAUCGAGCAGUACUGUGCACAGCAAGAGUGCCCCCAGCUUCCAGCCUACUAGCAGCCCCAAACACAGAGGCCACAGAGCCGCAGUGGAAGCAAACUUCCCACAGGAGGGUUUGGGCUUUAUGUUGGCCAGAAAUCAUGGCGGGACUUCAUCCAGUGUAGCUGCAGAUAGACCCCAUGCCCGCAGGCAGUCAUGUGACUCCUCCUCGGGCCCUAAGGGUCCUGAACUUUGGGCUGCCAUGAACAUGUGGGGUCACAAAGCUUAUUUAGAACCACUACAUUUUGCUCAGGGAAAGAAUGAAUCGGCAGGAGAAAUGCCAAUGGACAUUGAUAUUUUGAGCCUCUUGAAAAACUACAGUCCCCAUGAACUGGCUGCUAUUUACCAGCACUGGGGGUUUGUUGAUCCCAGGAUUGAUCCACAAGCACUGUUGCAGUUAAAUGGAAAUUUUGGGAAAGAAGUCCAUUCCACCUCUGAAGCUUCCAAACAAGUGAACAGCCGCUCCACUUCCUCCUCAGGGUCUCUCCAUAAAGGAACGUGAACAUACGUCACGUUCCUGUUGGCUUCCAGCCUGCAUCGAUACAGCUGAACAAAGAGGCCUGCUGUUCUUCAAAGGAACCAGCCAUAACUCCUAACAGGACAGAGGCACUGGAUAAUGCACAAUAUAUGCAAAACAAUGAGGUGGACUAUUAUUUUGUAACAUGGUUGUUUCAUUUGAAGUGUUAUGCAUGCUUUUUGUUUGUUAAGAGUGUAGAUAUUUUAGGUACCAAAACACACAUGAAGAUUUCCUUUAUGGAUAUGAGGUAGAACUGUUUGAGCUUAAUGUAAUAAAUACUUAGCGGGUGCGGGGGGGAGGGCAGUCUAGGUGGAAAUUAAAUGUGAAGCUACGUUGGCAGGGAUAAAGAGGAUAUCAUAUGAGGUCAUCAUAUUGGCUAAAGGCCCACAGACAGCAGUGGAAAAAAUGAAUGGUAAGACUCAAGCAAGAAGAAUCACCAAAUUUUAUUGUUUUUAAGACUGGAUGCCACUUCCAACUGUGAUCUGAACAUUUUACUUCACUUUUACCUCGUUAUAUAUGUUUUCUUUAUGGGCUACACUACUGUUUUACUUUUUUUGUUUACAGUUAGCACAUGAACAUGCCAUUGGCAACAAGGCACUUAGAUAAAAAUUGCAGGUCCAAUAUCAUCAGAGAUUUAUUCAAAAUUGGGAUCCAAGUUGUCAUCAAUACAGAAGAAUCAGGCAAAGUGCUCAGAUAGUUUCUUUCUUUUCAGUUUAACCAGCAGAGCUUCUCUGAACAAAGUCAUGGUCCCAUUUGUAAUGAACUAAUGGGUGGUUUAAUUGGAGCAAAAUGCAGACUUUAGCAUUAUGAGCUCAUUAUCCCAUUCCCAUGCAGGGAAACAGGAUGCACUGGUCAUUGUUGUCAUUCUAACACUGCAUGUUGAUAUCUCAAAUUUCCUCAGCAAACAAUCACAAGAAGACACCUUCUGUAUAUCGUUUAUGCAAAUACUACAGAUUCUUUCCAUCACACGAUGAUUGGAAUUUCUUUGCGUGAAUUCCCUCUUGAUGUACAUUAAGGAGAGAUGUUGAUUUGUCGAUUAUUCGAUUGAAAGAAAGCUAGUUGCCAACUAUUUUGACAAUCGACUAAUCGUUUGGUGCUUUUCUUUGCUUUUUAUGAAAGUAAAUAAGUGUCUUUAGAUUUGGGAUUGUGUUUGAUGAAAGAAGCAAUUUGAAGACAUCACUUGAGGAUCGCUGGAAUUCCAGAUUAACAAUUGAUUGUUGUAGCCUUACUUCUCUAAUACAGCCACAUCCAUUAGUGCUGAAGGGCAUCAGUGCAUCAACCAUCUUCUAUCUUUUGCUACAAUCUGCAGUUCCAGUGACUAAAUUUACUUCAUUUCAAAAGAAAACUAUUUGCCAACAGGAUAAAUAUUGAAAACACUCAUCCUUGUGUUUUUAAAUCAUUUUCAAGCAAAAAUGUCAUACAUUUGCUUCAUCAAGAUUCUUAAAUAUGAGGGUUUGUUGCUUUUCUUUGUAAUUUACCACCAUAAAGUUUGGGGGUUUGGGACUGUUGGUUACACAAAAGAAGAUAUUAGAAGAUGUCACACUGGACUCUAGGUUGUUGUGACUUCUCAACUUGUUUGUGGACAUUUUAGACUAAGCAAUUAAUAAUUUAUCGCGAAAUGUUAGUUGCAAAUCCAUAGCUAAUGCCAAACCAAAGGUCCAGGACAAUCAAUUACUAUGAGAAAAAAAAGAGAAAUAGACCUAAAUUGGUGGCCAUCAUAUUAGCCAGUCUUUCAAACAAGUGUCAAAAUGACCAGUUAACAAUAAAACAUGAUGUCCUGCUUUUUCAUUCUUUUUAAAUGCUACAGUGUGUCCUUUUUUCUCCUCUCAGAAAGAUGGUGUAAACAUGUACACUCAUUUCACAUUGUGCUAGUGACGUAGCAAUUUAAUGCUGUGAUUUUUUUCUUUAGAAGUAGAAACUGUAGCGUAAACAAUUUCUACUGACUUACUUCUACCAGUCAAGCUACUGUACAGACUUUGAACUAUUCGUUUUUUUGAAAGUCACCUCGUUUCCAGUUUGUUUUCAUGUGUUUUUCUUUUUGCAAGUUUGUUUUAGUAUGUUUAUAUUUUAGUUCUGCGUCAGUGUAUUCAUCUCCCAUAGAGAAAAUAGUCUAUGCAUUUGACAAAAAGCCAUCAAUUUAUGGAUUCUUGGGAGAUCUUGAGAAUACAUAAUUUAUUACUGGAGUAUUGACUUUGAUCUCUGUGGAAUUUUUUUUUAUAUAUAAAUAUCGUAAACGAUCAUUUUAUUUAAUGGUCUUUUUUGUUUGCUAAGAGUGGAAUUUUAACACUCAGAAGUACUUGAUAUUUGUAGUAACAAACAUUGUAAAAUGUUUAAGAAAAGGAUGUUUUCGGGGCAUGCACUCAAGGUCACUGUGCAGGGUCAGUAGGGAUUUGUAGUCCUGCAUGAGGUAUUAUUGAGCCUGUGAUCUAAGACAAGAAAGGAGAGACAGGAAACAGUGACACAGGGAUUUUUAUGCAAGUGUGAACUUUUAUGCAAACCUAAGCUAAGUUGGGCUCUGACUGGGUUCAGUUUUGGGACUCUGUAAACAUGUUUCAUAGUUAAUAAUUAUGUUGGUAUCAGAAUUUCUAUUUUCACCAGUUCCACAUUUUGUCUGACCGUAAAAAUUAAAAAAUAAAGUUGGUCAAUGUAGAUUUAAAUGAUAA